AUUUUCUUGACAAACUACAAGAAAGUGCCCAACAACACCACAUUUUACCUCUCUUUUCUUGGUCAUACCUCCAAAAAUUAAACAAAAUCAAAUCAAAUCUAACAAUUUAAACAAAAAAAUUAGUGAAAAUCGUCCAUCGAAUUUGAAUGGAUGCAAUAAGAAAACAAGCUACAAAGCUUCGAGAACAAGUCGCUAAGCAACAGCAGGCUGUUUUCAAACAGUUUGGGGCAGGCGGAUAUGGAGGCUCAGACAGUGUUGUUACUGAUGAAGCAGAACUCCAUCAGCAUCAGAAACUUGAGAAGCUUUACAUUUCAACACGUGCUGGAAAGCAUUUCCAAAGGGAUAUUGUUCGUGGUGUUGAAGGCUAUAUUGUCACAGGAUCAAAACAAGUUGAGAUAGGAACAAAAUUAUCAGAGGAUAGCAGGAAAUAUGGUGCAGAAAAUACAUGUACUAGUGGUAAUACAUUAUCGAAGGCUGCAUUAAAUUGUGGACGUGCUCGUGCUCAAAUGGAGAAGGAACGUGGUAAUCUGCUUAAAGCUCUUGGUACACAGGUUGCAGAACCCUUAAGAGCAAUGGUUAUGGGAGCUCCACUAGAAGAUGCUAGACAUCUUGCCCAACGUUAUGAUAGAAUGCGACAAGAAGCAGAAGCUCAGGCUAUAGAAGUUUCCAAACGCCAGGCAAGAGUGAGAGAAAUGCCAGGAAGUCCUGAGCUUGCUAUGAAAUUGGAAGCUGCUGAAUCAAAACUGCAAGACCUCAAGUCGAACAUGGCAGUAUUAGGGAAGGAAGCUAAUGCAGCAAUGGCGGCCGUUGAAGCUCAGCAACAGAGGUUGACUCUCCAACGACUUAUUGCUAUGGUUGAAGCAGAACGUGCUUAUCAUCAGAGAGUUCUUCAGAUACUUGAUCAACUGGAAAGUGAGAUGAUAUCCGAACGACAAAGGAUUGAAGCACCUCCUCCACCAAGCAUGGAGAAUAGCAUGUCGCCUCCACCUUCAUAUGAGGAAGUAAAUGGUGUAUACGCCUCUCAAUCACAAAAUGGCUCAACGGAUGGCAUGGGUUACUUUUUGGGGGAGGUCGUGCAUACUUAUCAAGCGGAAUCUGAUGUGGAGCUAACUUUAUCGGUUGGUGAUUACAUCGUUGUUCGAAAGGUGACGAACAGUGGCUGGGCGGAAGGAGAAUGCAAAGGGAAAGCGGGUUGGUUUCCAUUCGGAUACGUUGAGAGAAGGGAGCGAGUUUUAGCGAGCAAAAUAGCUGAAGUUUUUUAGAGGAUUCUGCUGGAUUGCUAAGAUUUUGUAAGCUUGGUUUGAUGUACACAUACUCAAAAUGUAGAGCAUGCAUGGUUAGAGUUAAAAUGCCAUACUUUGCUCCUUGUGAUAUAGAUGGCAACAUUGCUUGUGUUGCUGUUGAUAUAUAUGAAUGUAUUCUUUGUUGAUUUUUGGUUAAACUCAUGUAAAAGUCUUUAUACUAUUUGCUUUUAUUUUA